UUUAAAAUAAAAAUCACAAAUCCCCCAAACUCCUCUCCAAAUCCCAUGAACCCCUCUCUCUCCACCUCUCCAUGCCCUCCAAAAACAAUUCCCAAAAUCUCCAUUCCCCUAUUCAAACUACACCUCAAACCUGGGUUUACAAGAUCAGGAAAGUGAGAUGUUAAGUUGGAUAUUGAGAGAAGGAUCAGUGGCAAUUUCAUCAAGAAUGCGAUUAAUACAAGCUUUAAUGAUAUCAAAAAUACUGGGAGUAUAAAAAGGAGCAAGCAAAAUCACACUAAUUUACUCAAGUCAAAACAAAACAUGAAAUUUAUAAAGAAUAGGUCCUCCAUGUGAGCUAAUAAAUGGAUAAAGAACCCUACGUGCAUAUACAGAGGUCAUCGACCAGAAUCAAAUAUGAGAAGAAAUACAAAGAAACUUCUCACAAAACUCAGGUCAGAAAGCAGUCAAGAAUUCUUAUUUCGUGAAUCCAGAACCCCACUAAGGAGUCAUUGAAGAGGAAAUAGGGCUAAAUAACAGAAAGAGUUGCAAAAAGUUUAACAGAACAGUGAGUAAUCAUCCUCCUCGGACAGUAAAAUCAUCACUGUUCUUUGAAUGUCAGAGAUAUCUGGUCAAGAAUAAGGGAACUGAUUCUAAAAUUAAUGGGAUCAACAAAAAGUUGGAAUACAUCAGUUUCUUGAAGAGAAAAGUUCAAGAUGAUUUCGGUAAGAAAAGGAUGGAAAUCGAGAAGCAUAUGAAAAUCCCCCCAAAAAGCUAAACUCUGAGAUAUUCAAUUUUGUCUAAAA